CUGCGUGUCUGUGUGUCUGUGUGUGUUUGCAUGCUGUUAAUCGGCUCCGCCUCCUGGCACCCCUAUGAAUGAGUGAUGUCCACAAUGCCUUGUUCUCAACAGCUCUGUUAGGCUCCUGUAGACUGAUGCCUGUGGCUGCCUUUAUGAAGGCAGUCCAUCUCAUAUUUGGUCUUCCUUUUUUCCUGCUGCAUUUUAUUUUACCCAACAUUAUUGACUUUUUCAAAGAACCCCAAAUACUCAUGAUAUGCCUGAAGAAGGACAGCUUCAGUUUUGUCAUUUUUGUUUCCAGUGAUGUUUCAGGUUUAAUUUGUUCCAGGACCCAGUUGUUCAUCAUUCUGGUGGUCCAGGGUAACUGUAGAGCCCUCCUCCAACAUCACAUUUCAAAUGAAUCCAUUUUUUUCCCCGUCAGCCUUCCUCACUGUCCAACUUUUGAAUGCAUACAUAGCAAUUGGGAUAGGAGGGUAUAGGUAAUCUCAGCUUUGGUCUCUAAUGAUGCAUCUUUGCUGUUGAUCUUUCCUAAUUCUUCCAUUGCUUCUUUUCCAAGUCUCAGUUUUCUCUUGAUUUCUUGGUUCCAGUCUCCAUUCGAAAUAAAUAUUUUUCCAGUCUGCCUAGAAAACUUCUUUUUCUAGGAACAAUACCCUCUUUAUUUUUGGAAAUGCCCUGUGAUAAAUCCACCCCCCUUUCCUUCUGUUCUUAUCCUUUUUUAUCCUCAACAUAUAAACACUGUAAAUACGUGGUUCUAGUUGAUGCUGCUGCCAUGUUCUUAAGCUCUCUCGAUUUCAAUCAAUUGCAGUGUCUAAUCAGAAUUCUCCCCUUGGAUUUUCUCAGCUGGAAUUGAAGAAGAGAUGGUUAAUCUCCUUUGUUAGAAACUUCAAGUUUAGCUGAAUGGUAAAGAAAAUGUAGGAGCAAGAGAGGUUACUGCGCUCUCCUGGAAAGGAGACACAACUCUUUUUUACUAUAUUGUAGUUUUGGGCUCCUUUCUUGCUCAAAUUAUUUCCAAGUUUUAAGUUGUAUGUUAUGGAAAUAGAGUAACUUAAGACUUUUAAUCCACUCAGGUAUAAUUAUUUUUUCAUAUGCCCACAGCAUCAUGAGAAUGUGGUUGUGCUUCAGGCUUUUCAGCCUUCUAUGCCUACAUUAAUUAAUUGCUACUACCAUCAGCAAUAUUGUAACUCAUGUUGAUUUCUUAGUACAAGAAACAAUGCUGUUUUUGAAAGCCAAGGACUGCAGUGUCUUGUAAUGAUACAACUGGAGGGAACCACAGGAGGACAUCUUUUUCCCUCAAAGGACAUUCAGAGAAUUAGUCAGUCUAUUAGUCUAAUAAUCACCUUCAGUGGCAUCCAAGAACUGGCAGCUCAUCUUCUCUUACAAGGGUGACAGCGAGUCUCCGUGUGAAUUAGAUGGUGCAUAGCUGUGGAUGGAAGGACCAUAGUGUCCUCAGUCUGUUUUACUUUUUCCUUUUUAAUUCAUUAUUCAUUUAUUUAUUUAUUCAUCAUUUUACUCUUUUAUUCAAUGAAUGUCUGUCAAGUGCAAUUUGGGGUUCUGGGGAUAAAGAGCAAACAAACCGAAGUCCUAGGCCUAACAACAAGGUGUGAGGAAUGGACAGCAGAAAAGCCAUAUAAAAUGAACAAAUAGGUAAUGUAAUGUCAGAUAGUGGUAAGUGCUAUGAAGAAAAAUCAAGCAAUGGAUACAGGAGUGAUGGAAGAUGCCUUUUAGAUGAGAUGCUUAAGGAUGGCAUCUCAUGUUUUCUACUGCUCUAAUUUUUUUUUUUUUGCAAAGAACAAUUUAGCUCUCCCUUUAUUGUGCCCUCUCCUUGCAGAUAUUACCUGACCACAAGGAUGAUUGUAUUCUUUUCUCUUCUAAAAUUUAUUUUGCUAAUACUCAUUUUUAUUUAUUCACAUAUUUAUUAUAGGGAUAUUAUAAAUAUAAUACUACAAUUCUCACUGAGGUGGACUGGGAAGAACAGAACCUAACAUAUGACCCUUCCUAGGGACAUUUAAUGUUAUAGGAACACGAAUAGCUGAAAUCCUUCAUGAAUCAAAAGUGCCCACCAAAGACCUUUUUUAGUGACUUAAGAUUCAUUUCCUAAUGGUCAGCACAAGGUAGCUUUUGUUUAUCUGUUUCUUUCUUGUUAGGCCCGCCUCUUGGCCACAAAGCAACUUUAUCAGAGAAUCAGAAUUUUUUUCUUUUUUUGAAAACCAAAGCUCCUCCUAAAAACCCCUGCAAAUCACCACUCCGCCUCUGACCCAUCCUCCCACAAAGGCUCCUAUGCUGCGUUAGGGACUCUCCAUUCCCUUAUCACCCAAGUGUCCUGCUCCAAACCCCCUCUCUUCAGUCCACUAUCGCUUCAGAUGAAAUUACCUUCUCUUUUAGUGUUCUUUUGCUGCCUCCCAAAUUGCUACAAUCUUAGCAGUUUAAAACAAUGCUAAUGUAUUAUUUCACAGUUCUGUAGGUCAGUAAUAGAUAAGCUUAGCUGGGUUCUCUGUUUAGUGUCUCACAAGCUCAAAAUCAAAUUGUGGAAUUCUGGGUAAGAAUCCUCUUUCAAGCGCAUUUGGUUGUUUUGUAAGUUUUCAGUUCCUUGUGAUUGUGGGACUGAAUUCUCCAUUCUCUUUCAGGUUCUAGCCCAGAGCCCACUGUCAGCCCUAGAGGUAGGUCCUUGUUCCCAGCCUCAUCCAUCUCAAAGACACAAUGGAUAGUGAACAUACAAUGCAAUCAGGAUAUAUGUGACGUUUUAUUGAAUUGUAUACUUGAAGCCUGUAUAAUUUUAUUAGCCAAUGUCACCCCAAUAACUUUAUAAUAAUUAAAAAAAGACACAAUGGAGAGUAUAUCUCCUGUCAAAUCCUUCGCACACUUUGAAUCUCUCUGAUUUGUAUAUUAACAGCAGAAGACUGUAAGGGGCUCAUGCGAUGAGAUUAAGCCCACCCAGAUAAUCUCCAUUUUGAUUUUCUCAAAAAUAACUAUUCAGUAAUCUUAAUUACAUCUGCAAAACUGCUUUUGUCCUGUAACAUAGCAUAAUCAUGGACAGACAGAUUAUAUUUCAUCUUAUCAGUCCUGGGAUAUUCUGGGGAACAUUUUAGAAUUCUGCCUAUCUCUGCCUCUUUUCAACUUUAUUCCAAUUUGGUCCUUCUAAAUCUACAAAGAAAUUUUUAGUUAUAUUGUAUUAUGAGAACAUAACAUCUAACUGUAAGAAAAAUUUAAAUAAAACAGAAGUGUAUUUAAAUAGGUUAAAAUCUGUAAUCAUACCUUUUAGGGAAACAAACUGAGGGUUUGUGCUGUGAUCUGGAGGCAGGGUAGUUUUGUCCCAAUCAUUUUCUUUAUUUCCUGUUGAGGCUGGUAGCUGAUGAGAUCCCAAAUUUAGAUUCUUUUAUAAUGCACACGGAAGAUUUUCUUUUGUUGAUUGCUGGUGUAGUAUCUGAUGCCCUGACUCUAAAAGGCAGUACAGCAUGCAUAUUUGAAAUAUACUACUUCAUUACAGCCAGAAAUUAUUUUAUUGACAUUAUCCUAUAAUUUUAAUAAACACAGUUCUGCAUUGCAGUAAUAUGCAUUAAAUAUUUACUCAAGAAUCAGAUCUCUAAAAAUCUAAUUUUAUAGUCAAUAUGAUGUACCAAAAUUUUGAAGAAUACUUAGAAAACAAAAGAGAUUAGUGGGCAAGUGAGUAUGGUCUUUACAUAUUUUAAAAGACACAAAAAGGUGAAUAAAUUAUUUUGUGUGGAUCUAGUAGGCAAAUCGAGGACUAAAGGAUAGAAGUUGCAAGGAGAUAGGUAUAUUUCUGUGUAUAGGGAGAGUUUUUAUUAAAAAAAAAAAAAAAGAUAAAUAAAACUCCCUGAGCAGGAACAGACUCCUAAGAAAAUCAGUAUGCUUCUUUGCAGUCAAAAUAUUCUGACAGAGAAGUCUAAACUCCACUCCAGGAAGGCUAGACAACAGGCUUCAACCUACUUUAUCUGAAAAGGGCCAGACAAUAAAUCUAUUCAGCUUGGCAGGCCAUACUGUCUCUGUCACAACUACUUAACUCUAGUCGUAUGGUAAAAGCAAGUACACAUAAUAUAUGAAUGAAUGGGAAUCAUUGUGUUCCAAUAAAAAUUUAUUUACAAAAACAGGUGCUGGGUCAGAUUGGCCUCUGAACAGUAGUUUGUCAACCCUACUAUAUCUUAUGUCCUGAAUCAGGUGGAGGCAAGACAUAAACAUCACCAAUUCCCUUCCAUAUUUAAAAUUCUGAUGUUAUUAGAUUUUUUGCUUUUGGUAUAGGAACGCAUAGACACCAUUUGCCAUAAGAUCCUUCUGGGAUAAGCUAUCCAUACCCACAUUUUAUUCAGCUGUGCAUCUAGAUAAUUAAAUUGGAAAAAGUCCAGCAAGAUUAGAUUUAAGCUUCUUGACCUCAGGAAACGUUAUGAACAUUUAAAAAAAUGGAAACCUAUGCAUGAAUUGUAUGGCCCUAACAUGAAAUAGUUAAUAUAUUAAAUAGCUGAACACAGGACUGGGAUGUUCAUAGGAUUUGUUGACAGGACAAAAAGUUGAAACAGUUGGCAGAAAAUCAAAGUCAAUAUCGAAGCCAAACAAAUAUUGCCUGCAGUGCCACAUUAGGAAAGCUUGAAGACCGUUCAUUUUUAAGUGGCGGGAGACCCUCACGUCCAGAACCACAGAAUUGUGCUUUCAGGAUGAUUUCAUUCAGGCAAGCAGCUUAUUUCAUUUGCUUGUUUGCUACAGUUUCCUGUGAAUGCCGGACUCGACUAUAUAAAAAUACCUUCUUCAGAGGUGGGGACGUAACUGCCAUGUACACCCCAAAUGCACAACACUGUCAGAAGAUGUGCACGUUCCACCCACGGUGUUUGCUAUUCAGUUUUCUGCCUGUAGGUUCAACUAAUGACACAGACAAAAGGUUUGGUUGCUUCUUGAAAGACAGUACAACAGGAAUCCUGCCAAGGGUGUCACGGACAAGUGCAAUUUCCGGGCAUUCCUUAAAGCAAUGCGGUCAUCGAAUAAGUGCUUGCCAAAGAGACAUUUAUGAAGGAAUUGAUAUGAGAGGAGUCAAUUUUAAUGUAUCUAGGGUUAAAAGUGUUGAAGAAUGCCAAAAAAGGUGCACCGAUAGCAUUCACUGCAAAUUUUUCACAUAUGCCAUGCAAACAUUUCACAAUUCAGAGUACCGGAACAGCUGCAUAUUAAAGCACAGUCCAACAGGAACGCCAACCAGUAUAAAGGUGCUGGAAAAUGUGGCAUCUGGAUUCUCACUGAAGCCCUGUGCACUCUCAGAAAUUGGGUGCCACAUGAACAUGUUUCAACAUCUUGAAUUUUCGGAUGUGGAUGUUGCCAGAGUUACUGCUCCAGAUGCUUUCGUGUGUCGAGUCAUUUGCACCUAUCACCCCAACUGCCUCUUUUUUACAUUCUAUACAAAUGACUGGACUGUAGAAUCACAAAGAAACGUUUGUUUACUUAAGACUUCCAAAAGCGGGACACCAAGUUCUCCCACUCCUCAGGAAAACGCCCUAUCUGGAUAUAGCCUUUUAACCUGCAAACGAACUUUGCCUGAGCCCUGCCAUUCCAAAAUUUACACAGGAGUUGAUUUUGGAGGGGAAGAAUUGAAUGCGAUCUUCAUUAAAGGAGUGAGUGAUUGCCAAGAGACUUGUACGAAGAUGAUUCGCUGUCAGUUUUUUACUUAUUCUUUACUCCCAGAAGACUGUAGAGGAGAGAAGUGUAAGUGUUCCUUACGAUUGUCUAUGGAUGGUUCCCCGACUAGAAUUACAUAUGAGACUCAAGCAAGCUCUGGUUAUUCUCUGAGGUUGUGUAAAAUUGGGGAUGACUCUGACUGCACGACAAAAAUAAGCACCCGCAUUGUUGGUGGGACCAACUCUUCUUGGGGAGAGUGGCCAUGGCAAGUCAGCCUUCAAGUGAAGCUGACAGCCCAGAGGCAUGUUUGUGGAGGGUCAAUCAUUAAAAAACAGUGGGUCCUAACUGCUGCCCACUGCUUUGAUGGGCUUCUCUUUUCGGAUAUUUGGCGCAUUUAUGGUGGCAUUUUAAAUUUGUCAGAGAUAACAAAAGAAACACCUUUCUCACAAAUAGAAGAGAUUAUUAUUCACCCAAAUUAUAAUAUCUCAGAAAGUACUCAUGAUAUUGCCUUAAUAAAGCUUGAAGCUCCUUUGAAUUAUACUGAAUUCCAAAAACCAAUAUGCCUCCCUUCCAAAGAUGAUACAAAUACAAUUUAUAGUAACUGUUGGAUAACUGGAUGGGGCUUCACAAAGGAAAGAGGUGAAAUCCAAAAUAUUCUACAAAAGGCAAAUAUUCCUUUGGUAACAAAUGAAGAAUGCCAGAAAAGAUAUAGAAAUUAUGAAAUAACCAAGCAGAUGAUCUGUGCUGGCUAUAAAGAAGGGGGAAAAGAUGCUUGUAAGGGAGAUUCAGGUGGUCCUUUAGUUUGUAAACACAACGGAAUAUGGCAUUUGGUGGGCAUCACCAGUUGGGGUGAAGGCUGUGCCCGCAGUGAACAACCAGGUGUCUACACCAAAGUUGCUGAGUAUGUGGACUGGAUUUUAGAGAAAACACAGGAAGACGAUGGAUACCUUUGAUGAAGUCA